CCAAACCUGAAAAUCGAACCGACUAACUUAAAAAAAUACCCAUUAAAAAUAAAAAUAUUGUAAAAGAACAACAAAGGCUCUCUUCCUAUCUCACGAUUUGUUCCUCUUCUUCCUCUUUGACCGAAAACCAGACUCAUCGCCUCCUGAAGUUCCUCUUCUUCCACUGCGACAGUUUCGACCAGUCCCGAGUAUCGCCAGAGGCGGUCGCCGACAGUCCGCUCCUUUUCCCCUUUCCCACCUCAGCUACCACGUCAGGAGAUCUUCCGUCGUCAGCACCACGAACCUCCACAAACCACUCACCGCAGGUGCUCCCCUAUGUUUUUUCCUCCCCUCGAUCAGAAACCCCAAAGAAAAUAAAAUCCAAAAACACAUAUGCAUUUAGAACACAGUGUCGUCAUUGUGAAGUCGCCGUAGCCGGGUGUCGGUGAUGAAGCGAGAAACAAAGGAGAUCGUGGCGUCUGUCUCUAGAUCCCUCACCGCCGCGUCGAUCUCCGGAUUUCACCCAAAGUCGUCGCUGGUCAAAGUCGAUCUCAAGAUUCCCUCGCUGCUCAAGUCCUGCAAUUCGUGGGGCUGCUGUUGUUUCCAAUCAUCUAGCCGACGAGGUCAUUACGGGCCUAGAUCUGAUGGCGACAGAGGCCCAAAAUCAUCUUCCCCCUGUUUUCCAGUUGGCAGGGCAGAGCUCCUCAAAUCCCUCCAUCAAAGAGAAGAAGAGAAAGGUGAGAGGCGGCAAGCACCAAUUCCACGAUCUGGCUCCGCGAUGGAGUUCUUCGUCUAGAUUUUCGUCGCCGUCGAAUGAAUUCGGCGAUGAAAGAGGUGGGAGUGAGAUCGUGGAUGUGUAUUCAGGGAAGAGGAGUAGGUUACCAGGCUUUGGCAGUGCGUGGUGGCGGCGGCGGUUUUGAUGGACGCCAAGCAACUAAAUGGGGGCCAAAUUAGGAUUUCUGUUAGGGAUGGGUUGCUUCCACUUGACUUGGUCAGGAGAUGGGUAUCGCAGAUGGGUGGGGAAGAAAGAGGGUGUAGGGUUUUUUUAUCUUAAUUUUUUAUUUUAAAAGCUUAAUAAUAAUCUGAUGUGGCGAGUUCCAGUGACAUGGCGGUCGGAUUUUAUGACGUGGCGAGUUAAAAAGGGUGAAUCAGCAUUUCUGUUAGCCACUUCAGCAAAUAAAUGACGGUGUUAACGGAGACUAACAGAGACUAACAGAGAGUGGCCAAACUUUGUCUGUUUUACUAAACCUGGUGACCACUAAUAGAAUUAAAUAUUUGCA